AGCUGAACGAUCAGAUGGACGGAUAGUGAAGAUGGAGGUUGACUACAGUGCUACUGUAGAUCAGCGUCUGCCUGAGUGUGAGAAAAUGGCCAGAGAUGGCAGACUACAGGAGGCCAUCGAGAGUCUACUGUCACUAGAGAAGCAAACAAGAACUGCUUCAGACAUGUUGUCCACUUCCAGGAUCUUGGUGGCUAUAGUUCAGUUAUGCUAUGAAGCUAAAGACUGGGAUGCCUUGAAUGAAAACAUCAUGCUACUGUCUAAGAGAAGAAGCCAGUUGAAGCAGGUAGGAAUACUGUUUUAAGCACAUCAUGGAGCCAGUAAUUGAGCUCAUGAUGCCUA